CUCUCAUCCACAUCUCAUCCAUCGUCACCCAACAUGGCCUUCCCUGCAUUCCGCACCACCUUCGCAUCCACCUCCAGGGUUACCCUCCACCACCUGUCCCCCCUCACCUACUUUGCCCGCUCCGGCUCCUCCCUAGCUCACCACGUCACAUCCCCUUCCCCCCAGUCCUACUCCCCCACCUCAUCCCCUGCCUACCAUGGCUCAGUCGUCCAGCAAGGCCAACUGCAACAUUCGGGUAUGAUGUCGGGCGGCAACGGCAAGGGUGGCGUCAAGGAGAUGCAUGUCGCUCCCACGCCCACUCCACCAGCGGCACCUGCCUCUAAGGUGCAGCCCAAGGCGAGCGAGAGGCCCCCCAGGAGAACAGGUAAUUUGAGAGGCAAGAAGGCGCCGAUAACAAUGACCCCUGCUGCCAUCGAACACUUGAGGGCCCUCGUAUCAUCCCCCACAGAGCCCCGGUUGUUGCGCAUUGGUGUCAAGACUCGUGGAUGUGCCGGUAUGGCCUACCACCUCGACUAUGUGCCCCCUCCCGGAGGCAAGUUUGACGAGGUUGUCGAGCAGGAUGGCGUCAGGGUUUUGAUCGACAGCAAGGCGUUGUUCAGCAUUAUCGGAAGCAGGAUGGACUGGAGGGACACUCGGUUAAGCGCUGGUUUCGUCUUUGACAACCCCAACGUGGUUGACACGUGUGGAUGCGGAGAGUCUUUCAACAUCCGAUUCUAGACAUAUGACACUUUCUGGUACCCUUUUCACGAUCAUAUCACUGUAGACGAUCCAUCUGCGACUGGAUCCUUGCCAUCAUCGACAACUUGUAUCACCAUUUCCCGAUCCUUGCCAAAAUCAUGCAUCGGUUCUUUACCGACAACGGGCGCUGCUUGGAUACAGAGGAGGCUACAAGGGUGGAUGCUUAUCUGGUGGGGAGCAUACAAUGGGGCUAUGGAUAGGAGCAUCCCGCUUCCAG